CAAAGUGUCAACUGUUCGUGAUUCGUGAUCAUAACAUCCAAAUUAUUAUACUAUUAUAAUAAUUAUUAUAUUCAUUUCUAAGCUUAACUAAAAGAACUAAAGUUUUUAUUAAUAUUGCUAAAAUGAUUGAAGAAGAAAAUAAAACAAUUUGGUGUGGUAAUUUAGCUGAGCAAGUCACUGAGGAGAUUCUUUACGAACUCUUCUUACAGGCAGGUCCGCUAGAAAAAGUAAAAAUGCCUCGAGAUAGAGACGGACGCCAUAGAUCUUUCGCUUUUAUUACGUAUUGUCAUGAAGUAUCAGUGCCUUAUGCUAUAAGCUUAUUUAGAGGAACAGCUCUUUUUCAUAGAACAUUGACAUUACAAGUUAGAGGUAGAAUGACACUCCUUCCACCACCAAUACGAUAUUACGGACCUGAUACCUCGAUGGAUCUCAUUGGACAAGGAAAUGUUGUUAAACAAUUUUCCGAUAUGACUGAUAGACUUAAAGAGGAAAAUCCGAAUCCAGUUCAUCAACCCACACAGAGACAAAACACAAAUGAAAAGCUUGUUAUGGCAAGCUUACAGGGCAAUUGGUCUCACCGACACCACCCUUAUAGGUCAAAAGAUAAGAUGCAUAAUCGUGAUGAUUAUAGGCAUCGAGAUGAUAUUUAUAAAGGUCAGAGUAACUCUAACAACUGGAGAUCUCGACGAGAUACUCGAUCCAGAAGAAGAAAAUGAGACUUCAAUAAAACUAGGCUUUUAUCCAGAUGACAAUUUAUAUAUGAAAAUAUUACUAUAUAUUCACAUGUGGUGGCAUUUAUUGUUAGCAUAAAAACUUUUUAAAUACAUAUUAACUCAAGUUUUAUUAUCUAUUUCUUUCUGAUUUCAAAAUAUCUAAUUAUAUGUAUAUUUUUUUUUAAUGUAUAUAUAGAUUAGGUGGUAGGUGGCUACUACUGUCCAAAGAUAUUAGAGCUGUAGGAAAUAUUAAACAUUCCUUACAGAAUGUGCCACUAACUUUGGAAAUUAGGCAUGUGUCCUAUAUAUUGAAACUAAUCUAAAAUCGAAGGUCAUUAGAAUAUCAAAUGUCAUUCAUUUGAUGUUGAUGGGUAACCAUUUCCACCAUAUCUAAAAAAACUGUGCAUAUCAUUCUGGUACGUCAAUGCAUUUAAAGUAUGAUGACAUUAAAUGCAUGAAACAUU